AAAAGUUGGUAACUGUCUUCUAAUUCCUUAUUCCCAGACAUCUAUCGUCACCCUUCAUUACAAUUUUAUAUAAAGUUACAAAAUCAGAAUACUUUUGUUGUCCCGAUUCAAAGCAAAAACCUUUGAUAGAGAGAUUGAUAGAUACCUGUCUUCCACAAGAAACAACCUUGACGCUUUUCCGAUCACCGGGAAAUGGCUUCCCGGCGAGCACCCAUCGCCUUGUUUUUCUUCCUCUACCUCAUAGUCUCUUCCCAAUCUGUGGACUUCAAGCCGCACAAAGAGAAGCACAAAAUCGACGGACCCAUCAAGACCUUAGUCGUCCUGGUCAUGGAAAACCGCUCCUUUGACCACGUUCUAGGAUGGCUCAAAUCGACCAGGCCCGAGAUCGAUGGCCUGACAGGCGAAGAAUCAAACCGGAUUCUAGUCUCCGACCCGGACUCCCCGGAAGUCUUCGUCUCAGAUGACGCCCUGUUCGUGGACUCGGAUCCGGGUCAUUCGUUUCAGGCGAUCCGUGAGCAGAUAUUCGGGUCAGACGAUAGCUCGAAGCCGCCGUUGAUGAACGGGUUCGUUCAGCAGGCGGAGAACAUGAGUGAAAGCAUGCCGAGAACCGUCAUGAGUGGGUUCAAACCGGCCGUGCUACCGGUUUACACCGAGUUGGCGAACGAGUUCGCAGUGUUCGACCGGUGGUUCGCCUCGGUCCCAGCGUCGACUCAGCCGAACCGGUUCUACGUCCACUCGGCGACUUCACACGGCGCCAUGAGUAACGUACGGAAGGACCUUAUCCACGGGUUCCCCCAGCGGACGAUCUUCGAUUCUCUGGACGAAAACGGCCUUACCUUCGGUAUUUAUUACCAAAACAUCCCCGCUACUCUCUUCUUCAAAAGCUUGAGGAAGCUGAAGCACGCGACGAAUUUCCAUAGCUAUUCCUUGAAGUUUAAGCUCGAUGCUAAGCUGGGUAAGCUUCCCAACUAUGUGGUGUUGGAACAGAGGUACUUUGACGUGGAUUUGAUGCCGGCCAACGACGACCACCCGUCUCACGACGUGGCGAUCGGGCAGAGGUUCGUGAAGGAGGUGUACGAGACUCUGAGGGCUAGCCCGCAGUGGAACGAGAUGGCUUUGUUGAUAACUUACGAUGAGCAUGGAGGGUUCUAUGACCACGUGCCUACACCUGUAUCUGGUGUGCCUAACCCUGACGGGAUAAUUGGGCCUGACCCCUAUUACUUCCGUUUCGACCGGUUGGGUGUUCGGGUCCCCACCAUUCUGGUCUCACCAUGGGUCGAGAAGGGCACCGUGAUUCAUGAGCCAGAUGGACCAAAACAUCAUUCACAAUACGAGCAUUCUUCUAUUGCCGCAACUGUAAAGAAGCUUUUCAAUUUGGAAUCAAACUUCCUGACCAAAAGGGAUGCAUGGGCGGGUACUUUUGAGGAUUACUUUGACAUUCUUGAUUCUCCCCGUGAUGAUUGUCCAGAAACCCUUCCUGAGGUUAAGAUAUCCCUGAGGCCACGGGGACCGAAAGAAGAUGCUAGCCUCUCAGAAUUUCAAGUUGAACUGAUCCAGCUCGCAUCCCAGCUCAAUGGUGACUAUGUCCUGAAUACAUACCCAGAUAUCGGCAAAAGCAUGACAGUGGGUGAAGCCAACCGGUAUGCAGAGGAGUCAGUCAAGAGGUUCUUGGAAGCGGGAAAGGCUGCUCUUAAAGCUGGAGCCAACGAGUCUGCAAUUGUUACAAUGAGACCUUCCCUGACUAGCCGAGUUAUGCUUAGAGACCAUGGUCUCUACGUAGGGAGCCACUGAUUGUUUUUUCUUCAGAAAUGCCGGUUGUAUAAAAUUUGGGUUACAAUUCCGCUCUCUCUUUCUCUCUAUCUAUAUAUAUAUAUAUAUAUACACGCGUACAUCUUUAUCUCUA